AAAGAAACCUCCAAAGCUUUGUCCCGAUCGUAAGGAGACCAAUAAUUGUGUCAAAUUAUUGACUGGCAAAGUUAAUAGAAUUGAAGAAAUUAUUGAUAAUUUUUAUCGCGGGUUUCCAAAAAAGAAGGUUGAAAAUUAUUCGAUAUAUAACAAAAAGUUUAUUCUCAACAAUGUUCCUUGCGAAUUGGAAUACGACUUAACAAAUUUCAACUUAGAAGAAUUAGUCAAAUUGUCAAAUUUUGCAACAAAAAAUUUCAUUAAUAAUAAAUACCCAUUUCCUACCUCUUCUUUUAAUGAAAAUGAUAAUGAAAAUUUUAUUCUCGAUAACGUCUCUUGCGUAGUUAAUAGAAUUGAAAAAAUUGUUGAUAACCUUCAUGAAUGUAUUUCAAAAAGGAACAAUGAAAAAUUUUCAAUAUAUAACUCACAAUUUAGUCUUAAUAAUGUUCCUUGUGAAUUAGAAUACGACUUGUCAAAUUUCUCUUUAGAGGAUUUACAAAAAUUAGUAAAUCUCACAACUCAAGAUUUCAAUCCAUCUUCCAGCUCUUUGAAUAAAUAUGAGAAUGAAAAACUUACUCUCAAUAGUGUCCAUUGCGAAUCAUCAUAUGAUUUUUCAAAUUUAACUUCAGAAGAAUUAGAAAAAUUAGUAGCACAAGAUUUCCAGUAUUCAUAUUCUACCUCUUCUAAUGAAAAUGGGAAUGAAAUAAAUAUUUUAAACAAGACCCCUUUCGUGUUAGAAUAUGAAUUUCCAUAUUUAUCUUUAGGACAAGAUUACAACGAUAAUAAAUAUCCAUUUACUAUCUCUUCUAAUAAUGAAAAUAUUACUCUUAAUAAUGAUUCUUACGAAUCAGGGUUUGAUUUUUCAAAUUUCACUUUAGAACUAUUUUCAACUCAUGAUGAUAAGUUUCCGUUUAAUGAAGAUGCGAAUUAA